GCUGUAACCCGGAAGUGUGAUCGUUUCAAUUUUUGUGAAAACCCGGAGCAGAUUUGAAAUUCUCUUGCUGUGAACAUGGUCGCCCCAUCUCAGUAUAUCCUACCUAACGAUCUUCCGGUUGCUCUGCUUGACUGCAGUGAGGCCUUUCUAUUGUUAUCAGCCGAGGAGAAGCUGUACACCCACUAUCUGUCUCGUGCAUCGUUUUAUGGGGGGUUGAUUGUCCUGUUUCAGACCUCCCCUGAAUCUCCAGCCAUAUACAUCCUGCUGAACAGACUUUUCAGGAGUCAAGAGCCUGGUGAACUGAAGGAUGUUGCUGUGGGCCAGGGUCUAAAUGAGGAUGAAUACCAGGCUUUCCUAGUUUAUGCCACUGGUUUUUUUGCCAACAUGGGUAACUACAAAUCAUUCGGGGACACAAAAUUUGUGCCUAAUGUACCCAGGGAGAAAUUAGAAAAGCUCGUGCGUGCAAGUAAUGCUUUUGCCAAAGAUCCUGAAGGAAUGGAUUCAUUGUGGAGAAUGGUUUCAGAUCGCAUGUAUUCCCUGGAGCCAUCAGAAAGGCAGCUGGGACUGGGCGACCAAGGGAUAUCUACAUAUUUCUCUGGGAACUGCACUUUGGAAGAUGCUGAACUAGCUCAGAGAUUCCUGGACUCAAAGAGUAUUAGCGCUUACAACACUCGGCUGUUUAAGACUGUGGAUGAAUCUGGCAAGAACCUCUAUGAGGUGCGGUUGGCUUCUGUCAACAGAGAAGAGAUGGCAGCUCCACCAUCUGAUAUGUCUAAGAUUUUGGGAUCAUUUGAGUAUGAAGGUCAUCAGAUGCGUGUCACGCGGGGUGAUUACUCACCUUUGCUACGCAGAGUAAGCGAGAACCUGGAAAAUGCCAAGGCUUAUGCAUCCAACGACAACCAGAGACAAAUGCUACAUGAAUAUGGGCAAAGCUUCCGGGAAGGAUUAAUCAAGGCACAUAAAGAGGGGUCUAAAUACUGGGUGCAAGACAAAGGGCCAAUAGUAGAAAGUUACAUCGGGUUCAUUGAAAGUUAUAGAGACCCAUUUGGAUCUCGCGGGGAGUUUGAAGGCUUUGUGGCUGUAGUCAAUAAAUCUGUGAGUGCUCGAUUUGCUCAGCUGGUCUCUGUGGCCGAAAAACUUGUUUCUUCUCUCCCGUGGCCAGCUUGCUAUGAGAAGGAUGCAUUCCUUCGACCAGACUUCACAUCUUUGGAUGUAGUGACUUUCAGUGGAAGUGGUAUCCCUGCUGGAAUUAACAUCCCAAACUAUGAUGACAUUAGGCAAACAGUUGGAUUUAAGAAUGUCUCACUAGGAAAUGUUCUCUCUGUUGGCUCUGCAACUGAAAGGGAGAAGCUGACAUUUUUGCGUGAAGAAGAUAAGGAUUUAUUCAUAAAGUUCCGCAGUCCCUCUUUUGAAGUACAGGUCGGACUUCAUGAACUACUGGGCCACGGCAGCGGCAAACUGUUUGUACAGGAUGAAAAAGGGGCAUUUAACUUUGACAAAGAAACCGUCAUCAAUCCAGAGACUGGAGAGCUGGUCAAGAGUUGGUAUAAAACUGGUGAAACAUGGGACAGUAAAUUCUCAACCAUUGCUUCCUCCUAUGAAGAAUGUCGUGCAGAGUGUGUUGGCUUGUAUCUCUGCAUCAAUGAGGAAGUUCUACAAAUAUUUGGACAUGAGGCUCAGGAGGCACAAGAUGUUAUGUAUGUGAACUGGCUAAAUAUGGUGAGAGCUGGACUGAUGGGACUGGAGUAUUAUACACCAGAGACUGGCCGUUGGCGACAGGCUCACAUGCAGGCUCGCUUUGUCAUCCUUCGUGUCCUCUUGGAGGCAGGACAAAACUUUGUAACUAUCUCACAAAAAAUGGGAGCUGAUGGACGCCCAGAUGCACAAGUGACACUGGACAGGGAAAAGAUUCUGAGCGUGGGCCAUCCAGCCAUCCAACGGUUUCUGCUACGACUGCAGGUUUAUAAAUCCACAGCUGAGGUAGAACGGGCCCGGGAGAUGUAUGAUGGUUAUUCUGCUGUUACAGACGCUGACCCGUACCGAUUCCUAACCCUUCGUGACAUUGUCAUUUUAAGGAAGGAGGAACGAAAAUCUUUUGUGCAGAUAAACACACGACUCACAGGUGACAGUGUUGAUAUCCUACAGUAUGAGAGCAGCCCAUCUGGCUUGAUUCUUUCAGUCUUGCAGAGGUUCCCUGAUGAUGAGGAAGAACUGGAACGAGAGAUGCUUGAGCUUAGCUGUGCUGAUAGCCAGUUCUGGGUGCAACAGGGCAGUAGAUAAUGGCAAUAAAUGGUAUAGAUUAUGAAACUGAAGGAAUGGCACUACACUCUGCAUGUGUCCAUGAGCUAAUAUAAAACCACAGUUGAGGUUAAUGACAAUUCAUGGGUUAAUGCAGUUCUACUGUAGCUUUGUAUAAGGGUGGGCUAAGAUCCUGAGAUUCAGAACUUACAAACACAUAUCUCGGGAGCCAGAAACAUAAAUUUUCUUUUUCAUAAUAGAAAACUUAACUUUUAUAUCAUGCUAAACAGAUCAGGGUGAGUAGGACAUACUGUAUUGCUAACUGAAGUGGCACUUUGAGAUAAAAUAUUGUGGAAUAAAAUUGGAUCUAAUCUUAAUUAAACCAUUUUUAUAUUA